GCCGCGUCUUGGCUUUUGGCACGUCUACGGCCCCUUGGCCGUGCUGCCUUGUUUGCAGAGCUUCCAAAACGAUGUGCCGCUGCAGAGCCUGAUUUCGGCAUGUCUUGGACGCAAGACCCGCGGGAGGAUCGGGAGGCAAGCAGCGCAAGCCCCAGUCGGGGCUUUGGGCGAUGGUUUUCCGACCUCGCCAGCGCUGGCCGGGAGGUGAAGCGUGUGGCCAAGGAGACCCGAGAUGCCAUGGUCCUGCUGAGGCACAGCGCCAAGCAUGGGGAUCAACAGGCCAGGCCGGCUGAAGGCCUAAGCCAGUCCUUGCGGGUGGAGGUGCUCUCUGCGUCGGACCUCUCUUACGUGAAGUCCCUUCCGGUGCCCUACUGCGUGGUGGUCACCGGCUAUCCGGACCAGACUUGGGGGAAGAAGCUCGGCCGCGAGUGCAAGACGGCGCCCGCGCUGCGUCAGCGGCACCCGCGCUGGAACGCACUCUGCCACGUGGCCUUCCCCCCAGAGCAGGUCUCCGCGUCCCGUGUGGACUUCCAGAAGCCGGACGCCGCAGCGCCCUCCGCCGACCCGCCCGAGCUCUGCGUGCGCGUGCUGGACGCCGGCGGCCUCCGCGGCGACCGGCUCUGCGGCGAGGCGCGGGUGCCGCUGCGCGGCCGCCGCGGCGCCGGGACCUUCCGGCUGCUGGGCGGCGGCUACGCCACGGUGUCGCUGCGCUGGAGCGACCGGCGUGGGGAGAUCCAGCUGACGGAGGUGUCUCCUGAGGACGAGGCCUUCGAACGCGCCUGCGCCUUCUGGGCGCGGCACGAUCUGGGCGACCUCGCGGGCGUGACGCACGCGCAGCUGGAGCUGGCGGCCAUGCUGGCCACGGAGCCGAAUGGGUCCAGAAGUGCCCAGCUGCAGAUGAACGAAAUCAUUCUCCAAGCACCACUGUCGGCGUUGCUGCUGAACCACCUGGAUCCACGAGAGAUCCAGGGCCUGGAAGUGCAAAGCCCAGGCAGCCAUUCGCUGAUGACCGUCUUGUCGGAGCACCUGCAUCUCUUCACACCCCUUGCUGGGAGCCGCCUUGUAGGUGCCUUGGUGGAGAGGCUCCCGAUGGUUCGUGGCUCGGUGACAUUGGAAGAUCCCUGCUACCUGGUGGUGCAGCGCUGCGCAGAAGCGUGGGAGGACUUCCUCCUAAAGAUCUUUCUGCACUUCCGGGGCAAAGAACUCUUGGAGCUGAAGCGUUUGGUGGACGCGGCGGGCGGCGGGCGAGACUUGCGGAACACUGUGUACACGGUGAUCACCCACGAGGCCCGGCGGGCUGCCUUGCUGAAACACUUCGAAGAAGAGGCGGAAAGGCUGGAGGACUUCCCGCUGCACAUCUUGGCCGACAUCGACCAGACCGUAUUCGUCGGGACCUUCGGCGCAGGUGGGCCAAAGUUUCCCACCGGCCCUGUCCCUGGAGCGCUGGCGCUCUUCCGUGCGCUCGGGGGCCGGGUGACCUUCUUGUCGGCCCGGCCACCCAUCUGGGAGGGACAGACCAGGCGCCUCCUAGAUGAGAUCGGCAUCGCCGAAGCGGUGGUGCUGCCCGGCUCAUUGAAGGCCAUUGCACAGGUGCUCUACGCUCCGGAACAGGCGAAGGUGGCCAUGGCCGAGAGGAAGACGGAGGUCUUCGGGCAGUUCGCCACCUUACACCCCGAGGCCCAGUUCAUCUUCAUUGGAGACAGUGGUGAGGGCGACAUCGACUUCGCUGAGGAGUUCAUGGCCGCGUCGCGGACGCGGAACCUGCGGCGCCCGCCCCGGGCAGCGCUGAUCCACGAUGUGGCCAGGGCCGAUGGCAUUGUGCCAAAGAGCAAUGCUGCACGGAGAAACGAAUUGCGCAUGAGGGGCAUCCAUGUCUUUGACACCUAUGCUGGUGCUGCCUUGGAGCUUUUCAUGCUGGGGCUGUUGGAUGGGGAGGGCUUGCGGCAGAGCGCCCAUGGAUGCCUGGAGGAGUUUGGAGAGAUCGAUGUGGUGGAGUUUGCCUCGAAUGAGGUCUUCGAGACGCGGCGCAUGGAGCUGCUGCGGGACGUGCGGGAGGUGAACGCGGCGAUGCGCUCGGCCGAGCAGUGGAGGUUGCGCUCGGGCUCCGCUGCGGGCGCAUGUGACGCUGGCUACCCAGAGCAGGAGCGACAUGAACGGCUUUCUGAAGGGUGAACUCUCCAAGGUGAACCCUCUCCGUGGAACCGGCGGGUGGCGGAGCGCCGAACGGAUCAACACCCUCGGACCACCCUCCCACCGGUGGCGCACCCAACGCCUCGGCCGUACCCGAGUGGGUGGGAAAGGCGAGGGAACGGUGACAACCCGACCAGUGGACCAAUCCUUGUCGCUGAAGCGGCCUAGGGCUGCUCAGUCAGCAUCGAAACUAUGAGUUUUCCUGUUCGUUUAGCUGAAGUGCGGGUGUGGAUCACAACCUACUUAGACCACCAAAAAGGGCUCCCGUUUUUCACCCUUGGACCAUGUUUCUUUUCACAAUCCCUUUUCUUUCCACCCUCAAAACUAAC